AUAACGUUUUGUGCGCCAAUUCGAACGGAUAAACUUUCAACCAGCGGUCACCACCACAACCGACGUUAUGGCCGGUACUCUCGCUCUCGGCAUCGCCAUCGUCUCCGCCUCCGCCUCCACCUCCACCUCCACCGCGGCGUUCACUACCGCAACUAUCAAUCGUUGCAGAACUUCCCGCAACUUCAGAACCAAAAUUCGAUGCAUAGGAUGGGAUCCGGAAGGGAUAUUAGGGCCACCGAGCACAGGCCACUUAGCCAGACGUGAGUUCAAUAGACGCCUCGAGAAAGAUGCCGACGCCCGCGAAGAAUUCCAACGUCAAGUCCAAGAAGAAAAGGAGCGUCGCCGGGCUUUGCGUGAUUCUCGGCAACCUCCGAGUAGUCCUACAGAGUUGGUUGAGUAUUUUCUGGAUACUGAAGCUCAGGAGCUUGAACUUGAGAUUGCAAGAACGAGACCUAUGUUGAAUGAUGAGUUUUUCAACCACUUGAAGUUUGAACUAGGGCAGCUGCGGUUUGCUGUGUCAAAGACUGAGGAUAUGGAGGACAGAGUGAUUGAAUUGGAAGCAUUACAAAAGGCUCUUCUUGAAGGAACAGAAGCCUAUGAUAAAUUGCAAGCAAACAUAGUGAAGGCAAGAGAGAACCUAACCAAAAUUUUUACAUCAAAGGAUGUGAAAGCAACUUUACUGGACAUGGUGGAAAAGAAUGAGAUUAAUAGAUCCCUAUUGGCACUUCUUGAUGAAAACAUAGCAAGUGCUCACAAGGGUAACCAGAAACAAGCAGCAGAAUACAUGGAAAAGAUUCGUGGGGCUGUGCGCAAGUAUUUUACUGUCUAGUAUUGAGGUAGAAAGUAUGCAAUAGUAUUUGUCUAUAUCUUGAAAAUUGGUUUUGAGUGCUGCUACAACAUAUCAGACAUGUCCAUGUAGUGACAUAUAAACUACUAAUAUAUUGUAUUUAAAUAUGCUGUUAAAUUUACAGCUUACAAGUACCUCUUAUUUUCUAAUGUAACCUUGAACUUAGU